AUGUUACAGGCAGCUGCCUCUGUGGCUCGGUCAAGUAUACCGUCGCCGGCGGAUUCGGAUUCGGAGUUGUCUGCCAUUGCAACAGCUGCCGCAAAUUUACGGAGCCUCACCGUCGACGACCCGGAGAAGAAGAUCAAAGUCUACAAGGCCGGGAUAUCCAACUCGGGCAACUCGCUGGAAGGCUCGUUCUGCGGCGCCUGCGGCUCUUCGCUAUUCGUCGUCAGCGAAAAGGACCCCGGCCGGAUCGCCGUCACAUCCGGGACGAUGGACGACGUGCAGGGCGUGGAGGGGGAUGGUGUCGAGCUGUGGAAGCCAAAGUUGGAGUUCUUCUGCAUUCGCAAGGCGAAGUGGUUGACGACUGUUGGGACUGCGCAAAAGGAUACGAUGUGA